AUGGCUUCCCAGGUGGUGUAUGAAUCGUCGGAUGAUGGUGAGUACUCAAACAGCUGGAAUGAUUUCAAGAUGCAAGUAGAAGCUUUAGACAACUCGCCGUCUCCAACUCAACCAUUGGCAAAAGUCCUUGGAGAAAAACUUUCUAUUUCACAGAAGAUAACACUUCAAGCGCCUAGGGCGGAUAUGCGUUUAUGAAGACAUGCGUCGCAUGACGAGGAGAUGCGUGAGAUCAAUGAAGGUACAGUGUUGAGUUUAAGUUUGCUCAAAUGAACAUAUUAUUCACGCCCUCACAGUAGCCCAAAGAUUGAUGGAGUCGGACAGUGAUUCUGGGUCGGCACCGUCGACCGAACAAUCUUCGCUGUUCUCGAGUCGCAUGACCUUGAUGUCAUCUGUUGGAUCCAUGGGCCUGAAGCGUGCACCAGAGUGCUUGCUGCCUCUUCC